AUGUUUCGAAAUCGAUAUGCUUCUAAUAAUCAACGUAGCUAUGUUAGACAAUGGUAUAACACAUUUAAUAUAAUUUCACAAGUACCUUCAGUAACGAACGAAAGAACUUUCAUAACAGAUGAAGAUGUUAUGGCUACUACUAGAAAUGAUGGUAGUACCGAAAUGGAAAAUUAUGAUGACGAAGAUGAAGAAAUGACAACAACUAUCGAUAUAGAAAAUGAAGAAAUAAGCGAAGAUGAGCUCGAAAAUGAAGAAGUAAUCAUUGAUCAACCGGAUGAAGAAGUAAUCGUUGAUCAACCUCUUAGUAGCGAACAACUUUCAUAUUCCUCUGGUGAGCUUAUUAAUGAAAAUAUAACAAUAACUUACGGUAAUUCUUCACCAGCUACCCAAGCAUAUGAUGAACUAGUUGAUAUAAUCUAUAAUCCACAGUUCAGAAAAGAAGACGUUGUGCCAAAUAGCCGACGAUUCAGGAAAGAUAGAUAG